AUGGACAACAGCGUGGAGACCACGACAACCCUGCGUGGUCGUCACACCAAAGUCCCGGCGAAAUACCAGCACAACGGGUCUCUCGGGGCUGCUGUCGGCGGUGGCGGCUUGUUGUCCAGCACCCCGAACCCUCUGCCUGGCUUCAAGGGGACCGCUCGUUCGAACACGGGAGGCGCUUCCGACACCAACACGCAGAGCGAGGGCGUAGCUGGGGGGCCCGGUCACGUGGCGCCCACUGCUUCUGCGCAGCAGAGAACGGGUACAAGAAGCGCGGCGGACCAUCGUUCUCAUGAAGUGGAUGCCAUCCUCCAGGACGCACGUUUCAAUUCUACGUCCGACGGAGGGUCCAUCCGUGUCGGCUCAUCAAGCAGCGACUCAGGGAACAGCGACAGCGAGUCAGAAGACGAUGACCGUGGCCGACAACACGGCAGGGGAGCAGGCGGAGCUGACGGAGGCAGCUCGAGCGGAGCUGGCGGAGGAAGCUCGAGCGGAGCUGGCGGGGGCAGGUUGAGCCGAGCUGGCAGCAGCGCGGCGGUCGAGUCGGUGGCAAGGACCAUGCGUCAGCUUCAAAGCUCGCUGAAUCGCAACCGCAACAAGAGCUACAACAAGUGGUCGGCUUACCUGCUCAGGGAAGCCUGCGCACUGCGGAGGCUCAGCGGCUACUCGAGGUCAAAAGACACAGACAAGAUGGCAACGGGGUUGACGCAGCUCGACAUCGUCAUGAGCAGGAGCAGUCCGUAUCUCGCUGACUUGGAGGACAAGGCAACAGGUGGAACGCCACCAUCGAAGCCGCCAGCAUCUAGCGCGGAGGCGCAACGAGUUCCUCAAAACCUCAUCACAGCGGUACGCGCUGCAAUCCGGAGUGGGCUCAGCCCCGAGCCGAACAAGAUGUACGACUGUGAUGGCAAGUCGUACACGGUCGCCGCCAUCAUGGCGGCGAUCAAGGAGGAAGAUCGCGCCGAUGGGCGGGGCGAGGGCAUCGGACAGCGGAGGAAGAGCAAGCACUGCGUCCCUCGCUUUUGUGAACUUCUGAUGCAUCCGCAGUUCAGGGAGAGGUUUGGCGCCAGUAGGUUGCAGCUGAGCAAGAAGGAGCUGGACGCCAAGCAGAAGGGGACGACCCGGGACAUCCAUCUCGAGAUUUGGGAGGCGUUCAAGGACGAAAAGUUCAAGGUGCCCAGUUCCUUCGCGGACGACAGCAACAUCUUUGGCGCCGGCAUCAACCCCAACGUCGUACACCAGCCGGACAUCAGCUUCCAGAAGUUCGCGACCAUGAGGACCGACCUCUUCAAGGACCACGGCGAAAUGUACUCCAACUUCAAGAAAUCUGGCAGCAACGGAGAGAUGUUUUCCUUCUGCAAGGAAAGCUUAGACACAUACUACUUCGGGCUGACGGCCGAGAAGUGCCCUGACAUCCUGGCCGUGUGCGACCAGAUGCUCCCCGACGGCACCGCGAGGGAGAGUACGGGGGUGGAGACCGCGGGAGACGGACACAGUGGUGCCCAGGGCGCUUCGGCGGAUGCUAGUAAGCGGAAGGUCGCGAAAGUGGAAUCCAGGGAGAGGAACGUGGGCGUCAGUGGCCACCAGAAGAAAAAGAAGAAGCAGGACGCGCAGAUCGAGAACACGGCGAAGGUCGCUAUGUCCGCGGUGAAGGGGGAGCUCGGCCUUGACGCCCUGUUCGGAACGUCGUCCGCACCCACGUACGCCGACGCCCCGACAUCCUUCUACGACACGAAGGAGGGGUUAGAGAACAAGACGGCCAAACUCGAAUAUAUCGCCAAGCUCCGCAAAGAACUCCAGGAAAUCAAGGAGGACAUCAGGAAGGAGAAGGAGCUGGGUUCGGACGCUGACGAAGAAGACCUACAGCUCUUGCGGGACCGGGCGACGACCGUGAGGGCCCAAAUCAGAAAAGAAACGGCGGCAGCUAGUGAGGAUGGCUAGGUAGCCGGCACGUGGGUGCGUGGGGCGCGGGCGGUUAGCACUUAUCUGUUGUGGACGGCGCCGGUUGUGCU